CGAAAUAGAAUAUCGCACUCAUAGACCUAUUGCUCACUUAUUUGAUAUGAUAGCCGGAACAUCGACUGGUGGGAUCAUUGCAGCAGGAUUAUCGGCAAAACAGUUCAAACCUAUGUACAUGAUAGAAGAUCGUGUUGUAUACACAUAUUCAGAUUUAGUACCAAUAUUCACAGCAUCAGAUUUGCUGAAUAUUUACAGAAACGGAACCAAAAGUUUAUUCACUAAAUCAACAUCAUGGUUCAAUAUACCUAUAUGGUCAAAUGUACAUAAUAGGUAUACAAAUGAAGGUCGUUCUACUAUGUUUAAACAAUAUUUUGAAGAAGCGAGAUUAAGCAAUUCUCUUACUGAAUUGGUUAUUCCUGCUGCAAAUGAAAACUAUACGCAUUUAUUUACCAGAUAUGAUGCCUGUAAAAAUAUUGGAAAUAAUGAGAUAAAUAACACUUUUGCUGACGUGUUAAUGGCAACAACAGCUGCACCUACAUUUUUUCCACCUUAUAAAAUCGGUAGUAAAACUUUUAUAGAUGGAGGGAUACAUCUUAAUAGUCCAGCAUCAACUGCUUAUAGUGAGGCUAUCCGAUAUAAUGUGCCAGAGGAAAAGAUUUCUGUACUUUCUCUAGGUACAGGAUGUUAUUUACCAGAUCCUUCAAAUGCUGAUCAAUAUAAUUUACUUUUUUGGGCACAAAAUCUUCCUAAUUUCAUGAUAUCUGCACAAGAAAGUAAUACGGAUCGUGAAAUGUACACCAAGUUAAAAGAUCGUUAUCAACGAUGGCAAAUCUUUUUUGAGGAACCUAUAGGUUUAGAUGACCAUGAUAGUAUUCCUCAUCUUUUAGAGUUAGGCUAUCAAUAUAUAGAAGAGCUUGAUUCUUCCGAUGAAAAUCCUAUAAAUAAGUUG